AAAAAGUAUUUUUUUCAAACCGUCUUAAGAAUUUAUACUAACCUUUAGAUGUUACUUUAUCUUUUUAAUUAAUGCUCAAAAAAGAAAAAUGUCAUUCUUUAAGUAGUGGUUCUCCAUCUUUCUCAAUCUUCAUAUAGAUCAGUUUUCUGAGUGUUGUUGUGUUCUCUCCUAUCAUAAGUUUGGAUCAGAAAAAACAAGUAAUCCAAAAUGGUGAUCACAUCAACUGUUACACACCCAGAUGAACAUAGACAAAACAUAGACUGUACUUUUGCUUCUAGAUAUGUGCGUGAACCAGUUCCAAAGUUCAAGAUGCCAGAGAGUUCUAUACCAAAGGAUGCAGCAUAUCAAAUAAUAAAUGAUGAGUUGAUGUUAGAUGGUAAGCCAAGGCUUAACUUGGCUUCAUUUGUGACAACUUGGAUGGAGCCUGAGUGUGAUAAGCUUAUCAUGGCUUCACUCAACAAGAACUAUGUUGACAUGGAUGAGUACCCUGUCACUACUGAGCUUCAGAACCGGUGUGUGAAUAUAAUAGCACAUCUAUUCAAUGCUCCUAUUGGUGCAGAGGAAACUGCAGUAGGUGUGGGGACCGUUGGUUCAUCAGAGGCAAUAAUGUUAGCUGGUUUAGCUUUCAAAAGAAAAUGGCAGACUAAGAGAAAAUUAGAAGGCAAACCAUAUGAUAAGCCUAACAUAGUUACUGGUGCUAAUGUGCAGGUUUGUUGGGAAAAGUUUGCUAGAUACUUUGAAGUUGAACUAAAGGAAGUGAAACUAAGAGAGGGAUACUAUGUGAUGGACCCAUUGAAAGCAGUUGAAAUGGUAGAUGAGAACACCAUAUGUGUUGCAGCCAUUUUAGGGUCAACGCUAACCGGAGAGUUUGAGGAUGUGAAGCUUCUUCACGAACUUCUUACUAAAAAGAACAAGGAGACAGGAUUCGAUACUCCAAUUCAUGUCGACGCUGCGAGUGGCGGUUUUGUUGCUCCGUUUCUCUACCCUGAUCUAGAAUGGGAUUUUCGUUUGCCGUUGGUGAAGAGCAUCAAUGUUAGUGGUCACAAGUAUGGUCUUGUUUAUCCCGGUGUUGGUUGGGUUGUCUGGAGGAGUAAAGAGGACUUGCCGGAUGAUCUUGUUUUCCAUAUCAAUUAUCUUGGAUCUGAUCAGCCAACUUUCACAUUGAAUUUCUCCAAAGGAUCGAGUCAAAUCAUUGCUCAAUACUACCAAUUCAUACGCCUUGGCUUCGAGGGCUACAAAAAUGUAAUGGAAAAUUGCUUGGAGAAUACAAUAGUUUUGAAGAAAGGAAUUGAGAAAACAGGAAGGUUCAACAUUCUCUCCAAAGAUGUAGGAGUGCCACUUGUAGCCUUCACAUUGAAAGACAGUAGCCAUCACACCGUGUUCGAGAUAGCCGACCAUUUAAGAAAAUAUGGUUGGAUAGUUCCGGCCUAUACAAUGCCGGCAGACGCUCAACACAUCGCCGUCCUCCGAGUUGUGAUUAGGGAGGAUUUCAGCUGUAGCUUGGCUGAGAGACUUGUGUCUGACAUAGACAAAGUUGUUAAACACUUGGACACACUUCCAAGCACUGUCUCCAUUAAAAGUGCUCAUGUCACAGCUAGUACUAGUGAGGAUAGUGAGAAAGUUAAGAAAGAUGUUAAAGAGAGUCAUGAUGCGAUUACAAAGUAUUGGAAGAAGCUUGUGGAUGGAAAGACAGUUGGAACAUGCUAGGCUUUCCAAAUCUUUGCCUUCUGAUAUGACAUUGUUUGUUGUGAGUUACUUUAUUUUUAUGUGCAAACACUUAAUGUGUGUGAGGAUUGUUGUUGCACUGUUACUUUAUCUAUGGAGAGAAAUAACUAAUGUAAUGCAUCUAUGAACCAUAUUUAUAAUAUAUGUAUGAAUGAAUGAAAUAAUACUUGUUUCCUUUGCAAUGCAA